AAAUGUAUGAUUCAGUAUUGAACGUUCUUCUUUUCAAAAUACAUUGAGUGCAUCACGAUAAAAUUUUAGGAAACAUUUUUGAAUUUAUAAUUUUCCAAAGUUGUUCCGUUUUGAGUAUUUAGAAGGAAUAUUUUUUCUUAAUUCAGUAACGCAAUUUGCAGGGAAAUAAAUAGCAAAAAUGUGUGGCAAAUGGACUCUACAAUUAUUGGGUAUCGUUCUCUUUAUCAAUGAGGCAUUGUUUAGAUGCCUUGUAGAUGAAGAUGAAUUUUAUGAAGUGAAUAAUAAUUUUGAAAGUAGCUUGAAAGAAAUUACUUUUAUGAAUGAUGCAAAGAAAAUGGAUUUCAAAGAACAACUGCAACUUACUACUGAAUAUUUUGGAAGACUUUUAAAUCACUACAAAUGCAAUAAACGUAAUUCAUCAACAGGAACAGUGAUUUAUAUGUUUAGACAAAUUUUAAUUUUGACUUGUGAGAGUGCAGAAGACAUUUAUUUGCAUAACAGACUGCAUAAUUAUGCUGCCGAUAACUUGAUACCAAACAGAAUUAAAAUAAUAAAACGUGCAAUGCUUUUGGAAUGUGGAAGACAACCAGAAAGAUUUAAAAAAAUAUAUCAAAAUAUUUAUCGAUUCUUAAAUUUUUAUUACAAAAAUUUUCCAAAGGAAGAAAAUGAUAUUGAAUACAAUACUUGUUAUGUAGUGAGCCUUUUGGAAUUCGCAACAUUAGAAGAAGCACUUUUUCAUUAUAAUUAUACAUUUUCUAUAAUAGAAGAGAAAAUAAUGAAGUGUAUUGCAUUAAAGUCACAAGAGAAAAAUUUAACUGCUAACUAUUUCAACAAAAAAAUGUCCAAUACUAAUUCAAAAAUAGUUAUUUAUCACCUUCACAAAGCAGAUAUAAGAUUUAGAGAUCAUCUUAAGAUUGUAACUAAUUUUUUUAAGACAAUUUUAAAUCAUUAUGAAUGUAGUAAAUCUCCUAUAAAUGUUAAUUCUUCUAUUGAAGAAUGGAAAAUUCCGUCAAUAAUUUGGUUCAUUUCUAUUAGUGCAGAAGAUAAUUAUUCUUAUCACACAACUAAUGCAUCUCUAUUCAAAUCAACAAAAUGGUUGAAGUAUAGUUCAGAAGUAUCAAAAUUAAUACCACAAGAAUGUGGUACACAACUAAAGGAAAAUAAGAAAUUAAUUCAAAAUUUGUAUCAAUUGUUUAAUAUGUACUAUGGAAAUUUUCCAACGCAAUUCAUUAAUGACGAUUUUAGUAAAUGCUUUACAGAGAGUGUUAAAAACAUUAAAGAUAUCAAUGACGAAGAAUUUGAUUCUUUUCAAAAUAAUUCUGCUUAUAACAAUAAAUCAUUAAUUGACAUUAUAAAAAAGAAUCUUGUUUCAAUAAUGAAAUGUGUUGAAUUAAAGGAAAAUUUAUAAAUUACUCGAAGUAACAAAUAUAUCCAAUUUAAUUUUUAAAUAUUUAUAUUAUUCUCAAUUUUUUUACAACUGAUUCACAAAAUUAAAGAAAAAAAAUUUAAUUUAUGUUAAAAAUAAUAUAAUACUCGUAAACUUAAUGGCAAAUAUUUUAAAACAGUUAAAAAAUACAACUCCGUUCGCUUCUUUCUUCGAAAAGUAAAUUUAAAAGUAGCCGUCAAUUUUCUUACAAUUUUUUUCACAAAAUGAAAAUUAAUAUUAUUUAACAGUAAUUUAAUACUUGUAAACUUAAUGGUAAAUAUUUUAAAGCAGUUAAAAAAUACAACUCCGAUUGUUUCUUUCUUCGAGACGUAAAUUUAAACAUCGAAUCGUUCAAUUAAUAUUAUCUUCGAAACUGUAAAACAAAAAUAAAAUAAAAAAAAUUUAUUGAUUUUCGAAA